AUGGCCGAGGCGUGGCGCCUGUAUGACCUCGGCUUCCGCAGCGCCGCGGCGAUGACGUCGCGGAUGGCGAUCGAGUUUGCACUCAACGAUCGUCUCGAGGCGGCCGGGGUCGAGUGCGACAGAGCCCCGAUCAAGGAUCGCAGCAGGGCCCUACAGCGAGCCACGGGCAUCAGCUCGAGGAAUCGGAAGAUGAUCGUCGACGCGUUUCUCGACCUGAGCCAGUUCGUCCACGGACGCAACAGAGACGAGCGCAGCGUUCAUCGGCUGAUGCGUCGCGCCGAAGAGCUGCUGGCAAUUAUCGGAACUCUGGCAAACGAUCCCGGCGGAACGCGCCGGAUCCUUGUGAUGGUAGACGGUCAGCGGAAGACCGUCCGACUCGGCAAGAUGCCGAAGAAGAAGGCCGAGCGAGCGCUGCAGCAUAUCGAGGAAUUGGCGUCCUGUCGGAUCGACGGCAGCGCCCCCCACGAUGAAACGGCCCGCUGGGUCGCUGGGCUCGCUGACGUGAUAAGGCAGCGUCUUGUGAAGGCGGGGCUCGCGUCGCCUCGGCAGGGCGUUCGGUCGCUGACCGUCGGCCAGCUGAUCAAGCAGUACGAAGCGAAGAAGACGCCCGGAUACAAGCCGGGGACGAUCCAGGUUCACGACCGUGCCUUCGCGUCGAUGCGUGAGCACCUGGGGGCCGAUACGCCGAUCGCCGACGUGACGGCCGGCGACGCUGAAGACUUCCGGGAUUCGAUGUUGAACACCGAUGGCUUGGCCGAAGCGACGGUCCGGAAGCGGUGCGCGAUCGCCUCGAAGUUGUUCCGAUACGCGAUCAAGCAUCGGCUGAUCGACCGCGACCCCUUCGACGAUGGCGAAGUGCCUCGCGCGAACGUCGGCACCAACCACCACCGGUUCAUCAAGGCCGAGACGGCCCGGCUGGUGAUGGCGAAGCUUCCGUCGGCCGAGUGGAAGGCGUUGUUCGCCAUGAGCCGUUGGGGCGGCCUACGCGUCGGCUCCGAGCCUCGCCUGCUUACCUGGCCCGACAUCGACUGGGAACGCGAGCGGAUCCGUGUGACGUCGCCCAAGACAGAGCGCUACGCCGGUCGCGGUACCCGGACGCUCCCGCUCUUCCCGGAGCUGCGAGAGGCACUCAGGGAGUGGCAAGAAUUGGCGCCGGAACUCGAGCCGCUGGUUUUCCCGAUGCUGGUGGGCAAGACCGACCAGUGGCUGCGGAAGACCAUGUUCUGGGCGAUCAAGCUUGCCGGUGUCGAGGCGUGGCCCAAGCUGUGGCACAACCUCCGCGCCACCCGCCAGACGGAGCUGGAGCAAAGCUUCCCGACCCACGUCGUCUGCGCCUGGCUGGGCAAUUCGACGGCGACGGCGAAGAAGCAUUACCUGAUGGUGACCGACGAUCACUUCGCCCAGGCGUCGCAGAAGGCGGCGCACAAUGCGGCGCAGCUGGCGGCUGCGGCGAGUAGCGGCGAGUUGCAGGAAGUUUGA